UCGAGAAAUAUAUCUGGUUUAAAGCUGAAGUAUAUAAUGUACAUUACACAAGAAAUUUUCUAAUUAUGUAUUAUCAAGUUUUAAAAAUUAUAUCAUGCCACUAUGCUACGUGUAUAAAGAGUCUAUUAAAAUAUACUUGUGGCUAGAAAAAAUCAUUCUAUACGUUUAUCUGUUGAAAUUUCAACAAAGUUGAUUUGCAACCAGAACAAUAACCUCUAUAACAAUGGAACCAGGAACAUUAACAAAAGUUUUACACGAUUUUUUUACAACAAAAGACGGAGAAUUGAGUCUCUAUAAAGGCGAUUAUUUUUUGAUCAUUAAUAAUGUCGACAAGCAUUGGUGUUAUGGACAGUCUGAUAAACAAACGGGAAAAUUUCCAGUAAGCUACUUAUUAAAAGUGAAUAUUCCAAUCGUUGACGAAUCUGUAACUUUAUUUAUAUCAAUUGCUUCAUUCUCUGGCGAACAACCUGGUGAUCUUUCAUUUGAGAAAGGAGAAUUUAUUGUUGGAAGAAAUGAAGUACAACCAGGCUGGUAUUCGGGUUAUUCAGAAUCUAGAAAAGGAAUUUUUCCAAUUACUCACGUUUGGGAACUUAAUAAAUCAUUAAUCAAGCAACCAACGAAAAAGAAAUCAAUUCAAAGAAAAGCAAAAGUAAAAACAUCAAUGAAAGCACAACUUGAUGAAGAAUUGGAUCUAAUAGAAGGGGAAAUUAUAACAGUAAUUGAAAUUGUUGAAGAUGGUUGGUGUCUUGGAAUAACGAAUGAUCAAAGAAAAGGCACUUUUCCUGAAGCUUUUGUAACUUAUAUCGAUGAUGUCAGUCUUGAUGAAACGGACGAAAUUAAUUCAAUAAGAGAUCCUUUACCUCAAUCAAUAGAAAAUGGUGGUCAAAUUUAUAAGGAUUUUGGAGAAAAUUCAUCAUUUUCCUCAAUUGAUGAGCCAGCACCGAAUUAUUUUGAUCUUUUUCCUGAGAAUUUUUCUCAAAAUAAAAGUCUUCCUCAAGAUGCUGAAUCUCACAUCGAUGAAAGUCCAAAUCCACUUGGCGUCGAACCAUAUGCAAUAACACUAUAUCCCUUUAAUGCACAAUUUCCAAAUGAAUUAAGCUUUCAAUCAGGUGAAGUUGUGAAUUUAAUAAAAUACAUCGAUUCCGAAUGGGUAGAAGGUGUAAUAGAUUCGAUGAAGGGAAUAUUUCCCGUUUCAUACGUAAAUAUAAUUGUUGAUUGUGAUAAAAGUAAAAAGGAACAAGAAAUUCACAUUGAGGAGAAAAUUGAUAUUUUUCCAAAACAGGAAAAUAUUUUUAUACCUGAAAUGUCAGCGAAAGUUGAAUAUACAUUUAAAGCACAAAUGGAUGGAGAUUUAAGUAUUGAAGAAGGAGAUAUUGUUAAAAUUGUCGAAGUUAUUAAUGCAGAUUGGAUUAUUGUUAAAAAUAAUGAUGGACAAAUUGGCUCGUGUCCAAGUUCCUAUUUGGCAUGUAUAGCUGAAUCGGAAACUGAAAUAUUUAGCGACGCUGUCGAGGAUUUUGUUGUAAUAAGAAAUCAUGAAAUUAAUGAUGAAGAAGCAGCUAGUGAACCUAAGGAAGAAAAAAGAUUGUCAUUGCCACAUCGACCAGCGCCACCGGCACCAGUUCCUGGACGAGUUCCUAUUCAAAAACAAUCAAAUAUUCCCAAUGACGAUAUUGUCACGGAAAAGCAGAAAAAAGCAGAUAAACGACAAAAUGUAAUAUCUGAAUUAGUAUUGACUGAAAAAGAAUAUGUCAGAGAUUUAAAAGUCACAUACGAGACAUUUAAUUUACACAAUCCGUCCUUUCUCGAAAGUAGAGGUAUCGAUGUUCAUACAUUGUUUGGUAAUAUCGAUGAGGUUACACAAAUUGCCGAAGAAUUGUUAGAUUUAAUUUUGAAAUCAAUGAAAGAUUGCGACGAAGAGAAACAAACUGUUGGUCCUUGUUUUGUUGAAAUGGCUGAUAAAAUGCAAAACGCCUAUGUUAAAUAUUGUACCAAUCAUGAAGCAGCUCAGGUUCUUUUACAAAAGUACGCGGAAAAUAAGGAUAUUAUGAUUGUUUUCGAUAAAGGAGUGGAAACCCUGCGACGUCAAGUUAUUUGCUUUGAUAUGGAUUCAAUUUUAAUAAAACCAGUUCAAAGAAUUUUAAAAUACCCUUUGUUGCUGAACGAAUUAAUCAAGAGUACCGAAGAAAAUCAUCCUGACAAAUUGACAUUGGAGGAAGCAUAUAAUGUUAUGUCAAAUGUAGCCAAGAAUAUCAAUGAAUUUAAACGUAGAAAAGAUCUUAUCUCAAAAUAUUGGGAGUCAAAUAAUACAUUAAAGGAAAAAUUUUCCAAAUUAACAAUGCAUUCCGUGUCAAAAAAAUCAUCAAGAUCAAUGGCAAUGCUCUCGUAUUCAUUGGGAGCAUCGAAUCUUGCACCUGAUAGUGAAUAUGAAGAGUUGACAAAACAAUUUAAAACAUUGGAAACAUGUACAAAACAAUUGCGAAGAGAUGUACAGUUGUGUGUUAAUUUUUUGAAUGAAGAAAUUAUUUGCAGUGAAGUAUUAGCUGAAUUAUUGAAUCACUAUCAUCAAGGAACGCCAAAUAAUGAAAUUUAUCAAUUAUGUGAAACACGUGCAAUAAUAAAAACAAAAUUUCUACAAGAUCUAGAACGUACUGUUGAGAUACGUGUUAGAAAACCAUUAAACAAUUUAACAUCACUACUCGAAGGACCUGAUUUUUUAAUUACAAAACGUUAUCACAAAAUGUUAGAUUACGAUAUUGCAAUAUCAAAAAGUGAAAAAUACAAGGAUAACAGAGCGACUCAAGAAGAAUUGAUGAGCGCUAAAAAUAAUUUUGAAGCACUUCAUCAACAAUUAAUGGAGGAAUUACCUAUUUUCAUUGAAGCAAGCACUCAAAUAUUAUGUCAUUGUAUUAACGCAUUCGCUAAUGCUCGAAUGCUUCUCAGUGGACGAGUUAUGAAUAAAUAUAUGCAAUUAUCUCAGUCUGCUAAUCAAGUUUCAUUAAAAAACAUUUUGGAAUCAUUUUUGGUGAAUCAUCAUUUACUGUACAAUCAAAUAAGUCGUUUAAAAUCAUCAUCAUCAUCAUCAACGAGUAAUUUGGAAAUUGAAGAGGGACCAAAUAAAUUAUCGCCCCAAAGUGAGAGACUGAAAAAUCAUUUGAAAAAUAAAUAUCCAUUAGAAAAAUUGUACAUUGUAAUUGAAAAUAUUGAGGGUGCAUCACCAUUGGAUUUAUCAGCAAUUCGAGGAACAUGGAUUGCAGUUAUUAAGGAAAAAGAUCCCACCGGUGAUAUUACUAAAUGGUUUGUUGAUAAUGGCGCAAAACAAGGAUUUAUACCAAGUCGAUGUGUAAAAUCAUUGCGUAAUAUGCAACAGGUUAAUCAAAAUGAAGCUAAAAAUCAAAGUUCAACAUUUGAUUUAAUUUCUCUAGACUCACCAGUAAAGGAAUCAAAAUUAAAAAUGGAACAAAAUUCAUCACAAUCUUACUGGUACAUGAAUCUUGAGGCAAAAUCAAAUGUUAGUCAAAAUUAUAAGAAUACCGUUGAAUCGGAUAAAUUUCUUUAUGCUUUAUAUGACUUUAAUGGAAAUCAACAAGGGACAAUGUCUGUUAUUAAGGGUCAGGCUUUGAAAUUAAUAACACCGCACGAUCAAAAAGGAAAUGAUGCAUGGUACCUGAUGGAAAAUCGAGACGCUGAAAGAGGAUACGUACCUCGAAAUUAUAUGGGCCCAAAAGAAUUAUUAUUAAAUUAGAUAUAAAAUCAAAAAUUUUAAUUUCACGAUUUGCCAUUUCAAUACUGUGCCUCAAUUUUUUAGCAAUUUAUUUUGAAAUUUUAAAUCGUAUUUUUAAUUUUACACACCACUGAACUGAUAUUUUACUUGCCUUCUGAUUUUUAUAAGUAUUGAAUUUAUAGUUUACAAAUUUUUAAUGAAUUUCUUUUUUUAUCUAGUUUCAAAACCAAAGUAUUAAUUAUUGUGUUAUUUUAGAAAUGAAAUCUAGAAAAUUUUUUGAAUUCUAUUGUACAUAUAUAACUAAUUGUUAGAAAACUGUUAUUAUUUUUUGUAAUUAUCGCUUUUAUAUUGUGAUAGUGUUUAAAAAAUUUUUUUUGAAAUUUUCCAAAACAAAAAUUUGUUAUUUUAAAUAGAAACUCUGUAAACUUUUUAAAAAAAAUUUUAUAGAGUUUUAAAAUGCAUAUAUAUUUUUUAUUUUGUUAUAAACAAUCACUUUUAAUAUUUUUAGAUAAAGUUUUCUCGUACAAAAAAAAAAAUGUAAUUCAGAAUAUGAAUCAUUUCGCGAAUUAUAUUGUCAUGUUUAAGUU